AUGAUUCCUCUCGCCAGACACUCUGUUCUGCGGGCUGCCCGCUCCCAGCUCCAGCCCACCUGGAAGCUGAGCCAGCCCGCUUCUUCAGCGCUCGCCCGCCUCCUCUCAACUCUUGCGGUCCUUGAGCAGCGCAAUGGCAAGCUCGAGUCUUCCUCUCUCUCCGCGAUCGCAGCAGCACAGAAGCUUGGUGGCUCAGUAACAGGCUUCCUUGCUGGCUCUGGCGUCAAGGGAACCUCUGCCGCGGAGGCUGCCAAGAUUAAGGGCGUUGAGAAGGUGCUGGCCGUGGAGAAUGACGCAUAUGAGAAGGGUCUCCCCGAGAACUACGCUCCUCUUCUGGUCGAGAACAUCAAGAAGGGCGAAUUCACCCACAUCGUUGCUGGUCACACUGCCUUCGGCAAGAGCUUGCUGCCCCGCGUUGCUGCUCUUUUGGACGUCCAGCAGAUCUCCGAUAUCACCGGCAUUGAGAGCGAGGACACUUUCGUCCGCCCCAUCUACGCCGGCAACGCCAUCCUUACCGUUCAGUCUUCCGACAACAUCAAGGUCAUCACUGUCCGAGGCACCGCCUUCCAGGGCGUUGAGACCGAGGGCGGCUCCGCCGAGAUCGCCGACGGCGUGGAUUCCAACGUCCCCGCGACAACCGAGUGGGUGUCCGAGGAGCUCACCAAGUCCGAGCGCCCCGACCUUGGUACCGCUACCCGCGUUGUGUCCGGAGGCCGUGGAUUGAAGUCCAAGGAGGAGUUUGACCGUGUCAUGCUUCCCCUUGCGGACUCACUUGGUGCUGCCAUUGGUGCUUCGCGUGCCGCUGUUGACAGCGGUUUCGCUGACAACAGUCUGCAGGUUGGCCAGACUGGUAAGAAUGUUGCUCCUCAACUCUACCUCUGUGCUGGUAUCUCCGGUGCUAUCCAGCACUUGGCUGGUAUGAAGGACAGCAAGGUCAUUGCUGCGAUCAACAAGGAUCCCGAGGCUCCCAUUUUCCAGGUUGCUGACGUUGGUCUUGUCGGUGAUCUGUUUGAAAAGGUGCCUGAGUUGACCGAGAAGCUGAAGAGCGCUUGA